UCUGCCGGCGCAACCCCUCCGCUUCUUCAGUGCGCAACCACAGGUACCUAGGUAUUACGACAGAUCACCCCUGACUAUAUUCGUCUUGACGCCAGCUUACCGAAAGCGAACAAUCUAAAUUGAUUUUGUCUUUUUGUCAGUGCUCAGAGGUGUACUGUACAAGUUUAUUCGGCUGUUUAGCCAGGUCAAGCUGCCAAGAUGGGUGUCGCAAAAAAGACAAGAAAGUUUGGCGCAGUAAAACGUAUGAUAGGCAAGCGCGAUGAGCGCCUAAAAAAGCCCAAGGUUCCCGAGGGCGGUAGCGGCAAGGCCAAGGCCGGCCCGAGCACCACAUCCGCACCCGGCGCCGGCGAGCCCGUCCGGCAAGUCACAGCCGCGCCCAAGGGUCUCUUCUUCAGCCAUAACGAGAACAUCGUGCCACCAUACAACGUGCUGGUUGAUACUUCCUUCAUCACUCACACCGUCGGCGCCAAGAUCGAGUUGCUCGAGGGCCUCAUGGAUGCCAUGUACGCCACCUGCCGCCCCAUCAUCACCGACUGCGUCAUGGCUGAGCUCGAGAAGCUGGGGCCAAAGUACCGCAUAGCGCUCAGGAUUGCUCGCGACGAGAGGUGGGAGAGGCUCAAGUGUGACCACAAGGUUUACGCCGAUGACUGCCUGGUCGACAGAGCCGUCAAGAACCGCAUCUACAUAGUGGCCACCAACGAUAGGGAUCUCAAGAGGAGGAUACGCAAGAUUCCGGGUGUACCUAUAGUCACUUGCGGCAGGAAGAAAUACUUGGUCGAAGGCCUACCUGGUGCACCGACGAAAUGAACGAGGUCGGUAGUUGACAAGUCUUGACGUGGUUGUCGAAGCAGAGUGGACAAACCGCAGCGCCCAAGAUGAGGGAUAUGUUGUGGGUUCUAGGCAGGUCGACUGUGCCGUGCCUUGUACUCGAGCGUUAGAGUUGUAUGAUGCUUGACCUUGAACUGUUUCACCAUGGCAGUGGGUACAAAAAACAUGUUGCGACCUUGGGGUAAAAGAUUGGGG